AUUAGCUCAAGAUUGUAGGAGGAGGAGGGGGGGAGAGAGAGGCAGGGAGAAGAGGAGGGGAGUGAAUCGGUGUUUCGUCGCUCAUGCGUUUGUAUAUAGUGCAUGUAUAUUUUUUUUUCUACGGGAUCUUGUUUUUUCUGUUGUUGUCAUUUCUUACCUUCGCCCGUGCGUAAUUGCAAUACGUGGAGACGCGCCGAGCGAUUUCGCAAUAAUUUUUUUUUGGUAACGUCCUGUUUACGCACGGAGCAGCUUGCACAUCUAUAGCCAUAUGAACACAGCCAUAAAGAGAAAAGACAAACAAGACACCGUUGCAAAGAUGCACAUUUCUACCAAAUAAUCCGACGGUGGGAUUAUUGUUGUUAUUCCCUGGCGGCUGCAACCCGGAGGACGAGGCGCUAUCCUGACAGGGCGCAUCGGAACUAAUAAUCCAGAGAUGGCGCGGCUAUUGUUUCUGAUUAUUCUCUAUGCUCUUCCGUCUCGUGUUGUGCCCAUACAUAAUUCAUCAACUGAAGGCUGUGCCAUCAUCCGGCCUCCCAGGGACGGGGGGAUCCGCUACAGAGGCCUGACACAAGAGCAGAUCCGCAGCGUGCAGAUCCUCCCUGUGGAUUAUGAGAUCGAGUACAUUUGCCGAGGAAACCGGGUGAUCGUGGGGCCCAAGGUCAGGAAGUGCUUGCCCAACGGCACGUGGACAGACAUCGCGCUGCACAGCAGAUGCUUGCUGCUGUGCCCGAGAGUGUGGACGUCCCUGGAGAACGGCCGGGUGACGCCGAGGCCUCCAGGGCCGCCGGUGGAAGGGACGGUGCUGCAUUACAGCUGCCACGCCGGCUUCAUCCUGGAGGGCAGAAACAUCAGCCACUGCACUAAGCUGGGGAAGUGGGAUGCACCCAAGCCCACCUGCCUCUAUGACAGAAACUACACAGGCAAGAAGAAGCUGUACAUCGGAGCCCUGUUCCCCAUGAGCGGCGGCUGGCCCGGCGGACAGGCGUGCAUGCCCUCCGCUCAGAUGGCCAUGGACCUGGUGAACAACCGGAGCGACAUCCUGCCCGACUACGAGCUGGAGCUCAUCCACUACGACAGCAUGUGUGACCCAGGGGAAGCGACCAAGUUGCUGUAUGACCUUCUGUACACCGAGCCCAUCAAGAUAGUCCUGAUGCCCGGCUGCAGCGGCGUCUCCACGCUGGUCGCCGAAGCCGCCCGCAUGUGGAACCUCAUCGUGCUGUCCUACGGCUCCAGCUCACCGGCUCUGUCCAACCGUCAGCGCUUCCCCACCUUCUUCCGCACGCACCCCUCGGCCACCCUCCACAACCCCACCAGGGUGCGGCUCUUCCAGAAGUGGAAGUGGACUCGCAUCGCCACCAUCCAGCAAACCACCGAAGUGUUUACCUCGACGCUGGACGAUCUGGAGGAGAGGACGAAGGAGGCGGGCAUCGAGAUCAGCGUUCGCCAGAGUUUCCUCACCGACCCGGCUGUCGCUGUCAAGAACCUCAAGCGCCAGGAUGCCAGGAUCAUUGUGGGGCUCUUUUAUGAGACCGAAGCCAGAAAGGUGUUUUGUGAGGUGUUCAAGGAGAAGCUCUACGGGAAGAAGUAUGUUUGGUUCCUGAUUGGCUGGUACGCAGACAACUGGUUUAAGAUCAAAGACCCGGCUAUAAACUGCACAGUGGAGAACAUGACGGAGGCCGUGGAGGGACACGUGACCACCGAGAUCGUCAUGUUGAACCCCGAGACCGUCCGCGGCGUCUCCAACAUGACAUCGCAGGAGUUUAUCGCCGCCUUGAUGUCUCGGCUUGGAGGGAAGAACCCGGAGGAGACCGGCGGUUUUCAAGAGGCUCCUCUGGCCUACGACGCAGUGUGGGCCCUGGCCCUUGCCCUCAAUAAGACAGUCGCACCGCUGAAGGCCAAGGGUCGACGUCUGGAGGACUUCAAUUACAACAACCACGACAUCACCUCAGAGAUCUACCGCGCCCUUAACACGAGCUCCUUUGAAGGUGUUUCGGGCCAGGUGGUGUUUGACGCCCAGGGUUCCAGGAUGGCGAUGACGCUGAUCGAACAACUCCAAGGAGGCAGUUACAAGAAGAUCGGUUACUACGACAGCUCUCAGAAGAACCUCUCCUGGUUUGGAAACGAUGUCUGGAUAGGCGAGGGACCUCCUGCGGAUCGGACCGUGGUGAUUGAAGAGUACCGGUUCUUGUCUCAGAAGCUGUUUGCGGCCGUGUCCGUCUUCGCCGGCCUCGGGAUCCUGCUCGGCAUCGUCUGUCUCACCUUCAACAUCUACAAUGGAAACGUCCGUUACAUCCAGAACUCGCAGCCCUACCUCAACAACAUGACAGCGGUGGGCUGCAUGAUGGCGCUGGCCGCAGUCUUCCCUCUGGGGAUCGAUGGCCACCACGUCCACAGGUCACAGUUCCCCGUCGUCUGCCAGUUCCGCCUGUGGCUCCUCGGCCUCGGCUUCAGCCUGGCGUACGGCAGCAUGUUCACCAAGAUCUGGUGGGUCCACACCCUCUUCACAAAGAAGGAAGAGAAGAAGGAGAAGAAGAAGCAACACUUGGAGCCAUGGAAACUCUACGCAACAGUUGGAGUGCUGCUGGCUAUCGACUUCCUGUCACUCAUGAUUUGGCAGAUUGUGGAUCCUCUGCACAUUACGGUCGAGAAGUUCACCAAGGAGGCCCCGAAAGAAGACUUGGAUGUCCUGAUUCAGCCCCUGUUGGAGCACUGCAGCUCGGAGAAGAUGAACACAUGGCUCGGUGUGGUUUACGGCUACAAGGGUCUGCUGCUGCUGCUGGGUAUAUUUCUGGCUUACGAGACCAAGUCCGUCUCCACAGAGAAGAUCAAUGACCACCGCGCCGUGGGGAUGGCUAUUUACAACGUCGCUGUGUUGUGCCUGAUCACGGCUCCGGUGACUAUGAUCCUGUCUUCGCAGCAGGACGCCUCCUUUGCCUUUGCCUCUCUGGCAGUCGUCUUCUCUGCCUACAUCACUCUGGUGGUGCUUUUUGUACCCAAGAUGCGGCGUCUCAUCACCCGUGGCGAGUGGCAGUCGGAGCAACAGGACACGCUGAAGACCGGCUCGUCGACAAACAACAACGACGAGGAGAAAUCCAGGCAGCUGGAGCGAGAGAACAGGGAGCUGCAGAAGAUCAUCCAGGAGAAAGAAGAGAGGGUCUCGGCGCUCCGCAACCAGCUGGCUGAGCGACAGUCUCUCCGCAACCGCCGCCGCCCGUCCACGGGCCAGAACCAGAACCACAACGCUCCGCCGCCCUCCUCCCAGCCGGACCCCAAGUCCCUGCUUCCCCCGCCCGGCUACCCCAACCCCGCCACGGACAAUCACGCGCUCCCGCCCUCCUUCUCCAACUCGUCUAACCUCUACCCGGCGGACAGCAAGAUGAGCCGCAACCACUGUCACAACAGCCAGAUCCCGCUGCUGUACAAGUAGGCGAGGCCCGGGGCGGAGGUGGGUGAGGGGGGCGGGGGGGGGAGAGGCAGUCACACGGUGCACACAGGGGACACAAAACACACGGAGACACUGGGACUAUCACUUGUUGACUUGAGCACGGCGGUGUGGUGACACCGUUUGAAAUGAAGAACACAGGGGCGCUUCACACCUGGCUGCUUCGGGGCGGGGGGGGGGAGGGGGUCACGCAGGUAACAGCCGUCCUCACGCUUUUGAUCUCACUGUGUUCAACUCAGCAACGAGGCACUCGUGACGCGGCGGCGGCGGCGACGAGCACAUCUCCAGACCGGCAGCACCCGAGGUCCUUUGCAGAGGUCACGUGAACGGACAGAUCUCCUCGUCAUCGUUCCGCUGUGGAGACGCCGCGUCGGGGAUCUCAUCAAAGGAAACAUUUGUGUUCGUGUCUUUGCGAUGUCGUCUCCAUCUUUUGUCUUUCAAGUUCGUGGACUAGACAAGCACAUGCAGUAGUGGUUUAUAUCGUUCUGUAAUAUCUGAUCCGUCUUUUUUGUCAUGGAGUCGUCGUUUCCAAUGAUUUGUUUACUUUUUCCGGAGCGUUGUGCAAACUGAGAUUUACAAAAAAGGGACAAAGCAAUGUACAGUUUUAUUUCCUCCGACGUUUCCUCUGAACGAUGGCUGAGCUCGACUGUGUUUCCCUGACAAGUGAUAACGUGCUUUGUUAAACAGCCAUAAUUUAGAAGGGCCGAGGAGCUCAGCAUGUUUAGAUGUUUGUUGUCUGGACGGUGUUUUCGAGUACAGCAUCUUAAACACUGAGUCGUCUGCUGAUGUAUGAAUAUUAGACCUAUUUUAAAGGGAGGAAAUGAUCAAAGCUUGCUGACGUAUAAGGACAAUUUUGAUAGUUUUGCCAUUUGAAAUGAUGUUUGUAUUUUUCGAGGUUUGUGUUGUAUCUGCUCAGCAGUAAAAUACCGUUCUAGUCAUCGAAUAACUCCCUCAUCCGGCACCUAGAGCAGAUAGACGUCCCCCUGCCCUCUGCCGCAGCCACAGGCGCAGCAGCUGAUUGUUUAUCUUUUGUAGGUAAUAACUGAAAAAAAAAUUCCAAAUCUACGAAAACCCAAACUCGGCAGAAGAAUACUUUCUACUUUCUGCCUCCAGAAAAGAAAAGCCCGUUUAUAUUUGUACAGCAGCGGUGUGUUGAGAUGCGAGGCUUCUACGAUGGCUAUUUCUGUACGGAUUCAGAGAAAGCACAGUUUUUUAUACGUGUGAAUUUGUUACGUGUUUUUUUUUAUUUAUAAAAAAAAAAGACAAAAAGGACGUCGUUUUAUGUUUUCCCAUAACGGACAAUCUGGAUGGAUGCUCUUUUUAUUUUCUACUUUUCUUUCUCAUCUUGCCUUUGAACUGUACCAUGUAUCAAAGUGGGAUAUAAGUGAUGUGACGCACUGUAUUUAUUCAGCAGUUAAUCUGGAUAUUCUAUUUCAUUCCUGAGCUAUUUCCAGAUUUUUUUUUUAGAGCAAUGGUACUUGGAACAGCUUAAUCAGCAGUUAAAACAACGCUCUGUCGAAGGUUUUUAAAAAUACUCAGUAUGUACUUCAGUGUGCACUUUAAGGAAAACAAACUACUCACGCUGUCAUUGGAAAACAUCGUAGCUCAGGGUUCACGGAGCGGGACAGUCAUAGAUGAAUGAAAUAGGCCGUAUUUAUUAACUGUGCAGUUCAUGGAUCACAUAGUGUAACAUAUGAAUGCAGAGAUAAACUAGGAAAUGUUCUAUUAUAUUGCACAUAUAUGAAAAUAUACAUGGAUUUUGGGAUAUUUGUAUUCACUAUAUCUAAGAUCUCUAAAUGUUAAUAUAUUUCAGAGUAUGUGUAUGCAAAUAUAUGGAUAGAGUAAAUAAAGUAAUUGUUUUUUUUUU